AUCAGAGGCCAGUAGAAAGAUGGAAGAGACCAAUUUGAAUUUGAAAUUAUCACAGCACCAAUAAACUCAAAGUAAACACCUACAUUGAGUCUGUGAUUGAGUUCAUUGUUCGUUGCAAGCCAUCCCGCGCGCAAUGAUCUGAAUAAUUAUUCUGAAUGAACUCAAGACAAGAACUCAUAAAAUAAACACCCCCACGUGUCAACUCGAAAUGGACCAAUGAAAAUAAACCAACAAACUAAUACAAUUUUGACAGUUGACAGAGAGUGGAAGAUUUGAACGUGUGAGGUUGAUUUGAACAGAUGUGUUGUUUUAUCUAGAAUAAUAAAAGUUUAGUUUGAGUUUAUGAAAUAAAAAAUGCCUCCUAAUAAGUUCUUACUAUAUGCAGGUGGAAUAUUCCUGUCGUACUUUUACUUUGGAAUAGUACAAGAAAAAAUAACCAGAGGUAAAUACCCCUAUGAAGAAGUCCAAGAAGAUGGAACCAUAUCAACAAAGUAUGAAAAGUAUACUUAUACAUUAACUUUAGUGUUCGUACAAUGUGUCAUUAACUUCCUAGUGGCAAAAAUUGCUCUCACAAUAUGGCCUCAACCUGAGGACACAACUCACAAAUUAUAUUAUGCUAGUAUGUCAGUCACUUAUCUCCUUGCCAUGGUGUGUUCAAAUAUGGCAUUGCAGUGGGUACCUUACCCAACACAGGUAGUUGGUAAAUCUGCAAAGCCCAUUCCUGUUAUGAUUCUGGGAGUUCUUCUGGGAAAAAAGACUUAUACACUCAAAAAGUAUGUGUUUAUUUUUAUGAUAGUGGUUGGGAUUGUGCUAUUUAUGUUGAAAGAUCAGGGAAAAGCACAAAAAGAAGAAUCAAGUAUUGGUGUUGGCGAAUUGUUGCUAGUUUUGUCAUUAUUAAUGGAUGGUUUGACUGGUGCAAUACAGGACAGAAUUAGGGCAGAAUCUAAACCCACUGGACUCCAGAUGAUGCAAAUUGCCAAUGCAUGGUGCACAUUUUUUCUGGGGGUCACAAUUCUGCUAAGUGGGGAGUAUGGUAAAUUUUAUGAAUUUGCUACAAAAUAUCCCUAUGUUGUGAACAAUUUGCUGAUGCUGGGUGUAACAUCAGCUGUUGGCCAACUAUUUUUGUACUCCAUGGUCUCAGAAUUUGGACCAUUGGUAGUUUCAGUAGUGACUACUACAAGAAAAUUCUUCACAGUACUGGGUUCUGUUAUACUGUUUGGAAAUGCAUUAUCUGGAAGGCAGUGGACUGGAGCCAUUGUAGUUUUUGCUGCACUCUUCUUAGAUGCUUUCUAUUCCAAAGCAUCUCCAAAGAAAAAAUGAGAAGUGUUAUUAACAUAGGACCAAAUUUUAAAAUUAAUUUUUCAACAAAUCAACUAUUUCCUGAAAGAACAUGAAAUAGAUAAUAAAUACAAGCUGACAAUAUGCUGGUAUAUAAAUCUCUAUCUGUCUAGAAUCUCUAUCAAAUCCAUUACCUUUGAUUAUCUAGUUUUUUGUUUGGCAAGUAUCACCUAAGUGCCCACCUCCCAUUGAGUGAAACUCAUACAAAGUAGGUAUAUAAUUGAAUAUGAAUUUGUAUCUGUUAACAUUUGCUAGGAGGAAAAAAGUAAUAGAAAGUUAACAAAUUAACAUAUAUUGUCAAUUUCUACCCUGAUAUUGGUAGCAUAAAUUUUAUAAGAAGUUUCAGAUUGAUACAUAGAAUUCUCUUCUAGAAAAUUAAAUUAAUAUACAAAUAUCAGUAAUAUAGUAACCAUUUUGUCAACCUAUAUAUCUUGAUAUGAAUAUUCCAUGAAUAUUCAAAUGAAUGUUGAUAUAUCACAAAGACAACCUACUUAAGCAUUCACAUUCAAAGUUCAGUACACUUUAUCAAACAAUUUAUUCUGCCACAACAAUUUUCAGCAUCACACUGGGCAUGGAAUAUCAUCUAAUUGAUGAGCUUUUCUACUGAUGCAAUUUAGUAAUAAUCAUUUCAGAUAAAAAUAAUAUAUAGGCAAAUGUCCUAUCCAUCAAGACCUGAACCAGAACUAAAAACCAUAUAUGGCAAUACCAUUCAUAUGUCCAUGAGCAAUACAGUAUUAAUAUUAACAUGGUUUUAUCACAGUCAGUUGUCUUGACAUGAAUCUGCACUUUAUUCCAUGGCAUAGAGCCUUGUCCACUCCUUUGCCUUCAUCACAGCUUCUUGUUCCCUACUCUUCCACAUAUUAGCAACAUCAUUGGCAAGUGGGUCAUCCGGAUUGGGACUGCUGAGUAAUGCCUGAACAGACAACAAGACUGUUCUGACUUGCAAGGCUGGUGACCACUGGUCCUUCAAUAUAUCCAAGCAUAUUCUCCCCAGCUUGUCAAUGUUGGGGUGGUAGAUUUUAGUGAGGAAUCUAACAUUUGGGGGUGACAUUGGGUAGUUCUCAGGGAGGAAGAGCUCUAAUUUGAAUAAGCCUCCUUCAUAAGGUGAACCGCUUGGUCCAGCCAUAACUACUUGGAAAUAUCUGCAGUUGGAUUCGUCUGGUAUUGCACUAAUCCCAGGAGGUGGGUCUUUUGACAAGUUUUUCGUUUCUACCAUUAUACGUUUUUUGGAGCUGUUUGCCAUAACCUGAUUAGAAGAAAGUGGGUCUCCGUAUAUAUUA